AUGCCAAAAAAGUUCGACAUUUCCAUUAUCAGUUUUAAAGAUACAUCCGUCUCUGAAAGCAAGCACUUUCUUGACUUGUUGCAUAAUGUUUAUCGCCCCUCCUCCAGAGAAAAGUCAAAUGAAUGCCAAAACAAGAAUCAGAGAACUUCCUUUAUGAUGCCGUCUGUGAUAGAGCUUCGGGACGCUGGUAUCAAGUUCGAGGUUGUGGAGGAUGAUGAUAAGCCCAACCUCAGCAUAUUCGAUAUCCGCUUCGAACAUGGUCAUUUUAAAAUACCAAAGUUUGAGGUCGAUGAUUGGACAGAAACAUUCUUCCGUAACAUCAUUGCCUAUGAGCAACAUUCCUCAGAUGACAAACAACAAUAUUUCACCGAUUAUACAUACUUCAUGGGUCUACUUAUCAACUCCAAAGAAGAUGUGAAACAACUUCGUAGCCAUGGUGUUCUUGACAACUGUCUGGGUGAUGACGAAGAGGUGGCACUUAUGUUUAACAAACUGGGUCACGGAACAAUAAUUGAGGAUCAGCUCUACUAUGCUGAAAUGUGCAGCGAAGUGAACGCUCAUUGCAAGAGAUGGUGGAACAAAACAAAAGCUUCAUUGAAGCGUGAUUACUUCAAAAAUAUAUGGGUUACUGUUGCCACUAUGGCAGCUGCUUUUCUCCUCCUCCUCACUAUCACACAGACUGUCAUUGCCCUAAUUAUGAUUAUUAUUUCGCCCCCCUCCCGACGUUGA